AGAGACCCCGGGACCACCGAGCUGAUGGCAUCUUCCACUCCUCCGUCUGCAACCUCCUCGAACUCGGGAGCAGAUCCUAAUACUACCAACCUGCGCCCUACAACAUAUGAUACUUGGUGUGGCGUAGCCCAUGGAUGUACCAGAAAACUGGGCCUGAAGAUCUGUGGCUUCUUGCAAAGGACCAAUAGCCUGGAAGAGAAGAGUCGCCUUGUGAGCGCCUUCAGGGAGAGGCAGUCCUCCAAGAACCUGCUUUCCUGUGAAAACAGUGGAGACGCGGGUGCCCGCUUCCGGCGCACAGAGACCGACUUCUCCAAUCUCUUUGCUCAAGAUCUCCUUCCGGCUAAGAACGGGGAGGAGCAAACCGUGCAGUUCCUGCUCGAGGUGGUAGACAUACUCCUCAACUAUGUCCGCAAGACGUUUGAUCGCUCCACCAAGGUGCUGGACUUCCACCACCCACACCAGUUGCUGGAGGGAAUGGAGGGCUUUAAUUUGGAGCUGUCUGACCACCCCGAGUCUCUGGAGCAGAUCCUAGUUGACUGCAGAGAUACCCUAAAGUAUGGGGUUCGUACAGGUCAUCCUCGAUUUUUCAACCAGCUCUCUACGGGUUUGGAUAUCAUUGGUUUAGCUGGUGAAUGGCUGACAUCAACCGCCAAUACCAACAUGUUUACGUAUGAGAUUGCACCUGUGUUUGUUCUCAUGGAACAGAUAACACUUAAGAAGAUGAGAGAGAUCAUCGGAUGGUCAAGUAAAGACGGUGACGGGAUAUUUUCUCCUGGGGGAGCCAUAUCCAACAUGUACAGCAUCAUGGCUGCUCGCUACAAGUACUUCCCGGAAGUCAAGACAAAGGGCAUGGCUGCUGUGCCCAAGCUCGUUCUCUUCACCUCAGAGCACAGUCACUAUUCCAUAAAGAAAGCUGGGGCUGCGCUUGGCUUUGGAACCGACAAUGUGACUUUGAUAAAGUGCAAUGAAAGGGGGAAGAUAAUUCCAGCUGAUUUAGAGGCAAAAAUUCUUGAAGCCAAGCAGAAGGGAUACGUUCCCCUCUAUGUCAACGCAACUGCCGGCACAACUGUUUACGGAGCUUUCGAUCCAAUACAGGAGAUUGCGGACAUAUGUGAGAAAUACAACCUGUGGCUCCAUGUGGACGCUGCCUGGGGUGGUGGGCUGCUCAUGUCCCGGAAGCACCGCCACAAACUCAGCGGCAUAGAAAGGGCCAAUUCAGUUACCUGGAACCCUCACAAGAUGAUGGGUGUGUUGCUACAGUGCUCUGCCAUUUUGGUCAAGGAAAAGGGUAUACUCCAAGGAUGCAACCAGAUGUGUGCAGGGUACCUCUUCCAGCCGGACAAACAGUAUGAUGUCUCCUAUGAUACCGGGGACAAGGCGAUUCAGUGCGGCCGCCACGUGGACAUCUUCAAGUUCUGGCUGAUGUGGAAAGCCAAGGGUACUGUGGGAUUUGAAAAUCAGAUCAACAAAUGCCUGGAGUUGGCUGAAUACCUCUACGCCAAGAUUAAAACCAGAGAAGAAUUUGAGAUGGUUUUUGAUGGUGAGCCUGAGCAUACAAAUGUCUGCUUCUGGUACAUUCCACAAAGCCUCCGAGGGGUUCCAGAUAGCCCUGAGCGUCGAGAAAAGCUGCACAGGGUGGCUCCCAAGAUCAAAGCCCUGAUGAUGGAGUCAGGGACAACCAUGGUUGGCUACCAGCCACAGGGGGACAAAGCCAACUUCUUCCGGAUGGUCAUCUCCAACCCAGCCGCCACCCAGUCUGACAUCGACUUCCUCAUUGAGGAAAUAGAAAGGCUGGGCCAGGACCUGUAA